CGUGGGUAAUGUCCGGAAUCAACGCCCGGAAGAGCAGCCCGACACCUGUCACGUGACGGGGAGGUUCUUUACAAGAAAAUGGCGAAAUUUGAGGAGCUACGGUCAAGCUCAGCCUGACUGGUCAUCUGUCACAUCUCAGCCUUGCCACUGCCAUGUUCUCCCAAUGUUAAAUCUGACACGUCUGGCAUUAUUCUCAACAUUGUAGAUGCAUAACGGUCACAUAGAAUAAGGAUUUGUAAGAAAAAAGAAAAUAUGCACGUAUGAGCGAUCAAGCAUGGACCAUAUCAUUAAGGAGUCUGUUAUCAAGUUUCAGAGUGUCCAAGCUACAAGUGUUGCUGGGCUUUGCCAGACGAAACAAGAGUGGUUGCAAGCAUGAUCUCCUUCUGAGGGCCUCACAGCUCCUAAAGAACGCCUCCUGUUGUCCCGCGGUGCAGAUCAAAAUCAAGGAACUUUAUCAACUUUAGACACUAGUCCCCCCGGCUUGACCCCACAUCAAGUCUGUGUUCUUCUCGGCUUUGGGGGGCAGUGGUGUUGUCUCCUGGUACCCUGAUUCUCUGCUCCUCUCUGGUGAUUCUCUGCUCCUCUCUGGUGAUUCUCUGCUGCUUGGCGAGGAGUCCAAUCAGGAGCUCAGGAUGAAUCUGCAGCAGCCUGCCCCCCUAAUCCCCCCCGUACACCCAGAUGUCCAGAUGAGGGCUCUGCCAUUCUAUGACGUGUUGGAUGUCCUCAUCAAGCCCUCCAGCCUUGGUCAGUGUCUCCCUGGAGCCAGUACCGUUCAGAGAUACCACCAGGAGAAGUACUUCAUCUUUGCCUUGACACCUCAACAAGUCAGGGAGGUGUGUAUCUCCAGGGACUUUCUGCCUGGUGGCAGGAGGGACUACAUGGUCCAGAUCCAAAUGAGGUUCUGUCUGUCAGAAACCAGUUGUCCUCAAGAAGACAACUACCCCACCAGUCUGUGUAUUAAAGUAAAUGGGAAGCUGUUCCCCUUACCGGGUUACGCCCCACCCCCUAAGAAUGGAGUGGAACAGAAGAGACCAGGAAGACCUUUAAACAUUACCUCAUUGGUCAGAUUGUCUUCUGCAGUGCCCAAUCAAGUCUCAGUCACAUGGGCUCCCGAAAUUGGAAAGACGUACUCCAUGUCCGUCUACCUGGUGAGGCAGCUCACAUCACCUCUGCUGUUGCAGAGACUCCGAAUGAAAGGCAUCAGAAACCCUGACCACUCAAGAGCACUGAUAAAAGAGAAGCUGACCGCAGACCCCGACAGUGAGAUUGCCACGACCAGCCUCAGGGUGUCUCUCAUGUGCCCCCUGGGGAAGAUGCGUCUGACCGUUCCGUGUCGAGCAGUCACCUGUUCCCACUUGCAGUGUUUCGACGCAGCACUCUACCUGCAGAUGAAUGAGAAAAAGCCCACCUGGAUCUGCCCAGUCUGUGACCAGAAGGCUGCCUACGAGAGCCUCAUCAUUGAUGGGUUGUUCAUGGAGAUUUUGAACGACUGUUCGGACGUGGAUGAGAUCAAGUUCCAGGAGGACGGGACCUGGUGCCCGAUGAGACCAAAGAAAGAGACUGUCAAUGUGUCCUCAACCUGUAUCCCAAAAAUAGAACCACGGCAGAGUGCUGUUGUACCUGCCCACAGCGAGCCCAGCUCAACCAAUAAGAAGGCAGACGUGAUCGACCUUACUCUGGAGAGCUCUUCAGAGGGCGAGGAAGAGGAGGAGCCUGAUCCGCCACUCAAGAAGAGAUGCCUCUACAUGUCUAAGACUGAGGAAGUGCAUAACAAGGGAGUAUUGACCUACCAGCCGUCAACAGUGCGCAUGCCAAACGUACAGUCCCUGGACAACUACCUGGCGCGCUCGCUAGCUGACUACACCCUCCCCUACCAACACCCCUCCCUGUCCAGCAUCCCCACAGACAUGCAGAGUUUGGAUCUGUUCUCGCUUAUUCAAGGCGAGCAGCAGCAUUACCGCCCCCCCACGUUCCUCGACCACCUGAACAGCAACCUGCAGAGUGCCACCACUAGCACCGCCCUGGUGUCCUCCUCUAGCCAGUACGAGCCCCACCACCCCACCACCAGCUCCUCCCACGAGACGGGCGUCAUCACUGGGGGAGGGUCCAGCAGCAUCUCAGACAUCAUCUCGUUGGACUGAUUCUCCUGUCCUGGAAAGCUCAUUGGGCUGAUUCUCCUGUAACUCAGGGAAGCCACCUAUCAAGAGCCCGUUCAUGGAGGUCCCAAAUGCUUUCCUGUUUCCUAUGUUGUGAACUCUAGAUUUGGUCUUUCAGCCUUAAGUUGUGCGUUCUAUAGGAAAUUAGGCUGAUAUUAGUGACCACGCCCACGGGCCCACCUCACUGGCCCAGGCCUGGUCUCGUGUUCUUCAUCCCGCCUCCCCGGGCCAGGCCUGGUCUCGUGUUCUUCAUCUGAAUUGGUGUCUGAUCAUUUGGGAAAUAUGCCAAAGGACAUUUCUGUGUGCCAGUGGCAAUGGGACUUAAAAGGGCCAAUAAAUGCAUUUCUUUCAGCAGAUCAGAAAUAAUAACAGGAUAUGAGACAAGGGUGGAGAAGCGAAGGAUUGUGGGACUUGAUGACUGAGCUGGCCUCAACACACCUCUGACCUACUGUGGAAGGGUGGGGACUGUUCUGUUUUUUUACACAAAAUGACAACUGAUUUUUACAAGUCUGUCGGUUUUUACAUAAUCGCCUUUUCCAUUGGAUGAACUGAGGCGGUUGAAGGUUUUGAUUGGUUGAAAUGACUGUUUGUCAGUACCUGGGAGGUGUUAUCUCAAGGCAGCUCACUGUUGUUUUACUUACAGAUUGAUAGUGGACUUCCCCUUCGGUCACGGCAAUAAUCGUUUUCCAGACCUACCAUACUUUGAACUGAGGCUGAAGUGUGUCUGAACAUGGGUGUGUUGGAAGGUAGUUCUUAGGUUUUUCUCCUGAGGAACUCUUCUGGUUUUGUUUUUUUGUACAAAUUAUCAACAUGUAAAUGGGUGCCAAGAGUGCUCAAAGGCCAUCUUUCCCAAAAAUUUUAAGUUUAAUGUCCUUUUGUUUUAUGUUGUGUGUAUCACAUGAUUAUUCCUUUCGGCAAUCUUCUAGUAUUUCGUUUAUUUUAUGUACAUUUUUGUUAAUAUUAAUAUUCAGUUAUUGGCCCAGGAGAGUCUACAUUUUAACCUUACAUUUUAUGUGUGGAAGGUUAAGCAGGAUAUGUGAACACAUUUAUAUCCUUGUUCACCGAACCAACUAAUUUAUCUUCCUUUUUUGUACUGCUUUGUUGAACAGCUAAAAACAAUCAGGGCCUGAAAUGGUGAAUUGUAUUUCAUGUAUAAAACCCAUAACUUGACACUAAAAUGUGGGUUUGCAGGUUUAAAUUUAGGAAUAAUAUUUUGGCCAGUUAGGUUAUACGUUCUCAGCUUUGUAUGAGUUCUUUAGACCAGUUCUCAAGUCAGUUUGGGAACACAAAAUACUCCUUGUGUUCACCUGUUGUCCCAGGUCUAAUUUACCCCUUAUUACAGGGCUAGAAUAAUAAUCAGCAGAUCUCUGUCCUGCAAGCUGGAGUUAAGAGAUACUAGUAAUUACUCCUAAAGGGGACUUAGUCAAUGGUGGAUAUAAACCCUGGAUUGCUGUUGCUGGACUCCAAACACAAAGUAAACUGCGCCUACUCACUGUCCCUCAGGGGAAUCCAGAUCCAAACAGGUGUAUUUUUCAGAAUCUGGUUCUUCUGCCAUUGAUUUGUGAGGACCCAAAAUUCAGUGUGAGCUUAUUCAAUCAUCUGAGGACAAGUUUCACAUUUAAUCAACAUAACUACAUUCUUGUGUCUGACUCAAACCUCAUUGGUCACUCCUGGUGAUGUACUGAGCUAGUUGGUGAACUAUUUAGCACAUUAGUUAACUCCAAUCAUCAGGUACAUUUGCGGAAAACGCAAUAAAAGGAUGGAGGGUGUGCGGGGCUAUUCAGCCCCCCCAACCCAGUUCCAAUAUUUUAUAGCCACCUCAAAUCAACUUAUUUGGACCUGGUACACCAGGUGGGUGCAAUUUAUGACGAGGUAGAACAGAAAACCAGUAGUCUCCGGUCCCUGGUUGGGUAAGGGUUGAAUAGCCUUGGUAAGGUUCAGGGGCUGUCUACAUAGUGCUCACUGGACACAGAGAGGCUCUGAAGCCACUGGUCGGCCAUUUUGGCCCUCUGAGUAGGAGCACUCCUCCAUAUGAAGGAUUUCAGGAAUACAGUAUUUUAACCCAAUGUUUCAAAUAACUGGGACAGUAACCUCUAAAUUAUCGUUUCACUUUUGAAUCAUUUAUACUUUAACAGCUGUAAUGUUUAGUUCACUAUAAAACAAUGAUGCAUUUCAAUAGCAGUGGGGUGUUAAAAUGGCUUAACGGUGGUGUAAAUAUUCUGCAGUCAUCCAGGUUUUUUCCAGGGUUUAUACAUCAUCGGGCCUGCCUAAGAAAAUAUUUGUCUUGCAUUAGAUCCAGUUGGGUAAUUAUUUUAAAAAAAAAUUGUUUUGGGAAUAUCAGAUUAAGGGAAUAGAAGUUUUGGUAAUUUACCCUGAAUAAAGCUGCAUUGCUCUGCUUAUUACAGUUAUGUCACUAUGUGGGAAGAAAUUGAUUAAUGUAAGUAACGGACACAUUUCACCACGCUGUCAUGAUGUAAACAAAACAAACAAGGUGCUAAUUUUUUUUAUUUUCCUGCAGGAUAUCACACACUUAAUAAAUCUAUAUCCUUUU